ACCUCCGCCCAGUGCAGGGCAGGCAGAGCGCCGCUGUGGGCAGGACAGACUGAAACUUCUAGUGGCCAGGACAGUAGCCGAUGUCAUCGACCGCCUGGACGGAUGGAAGAGCAAGCAGGCGCCCCUCACAUCGUUGUGUUUUUAUUUAUUUUUCAUUUCCUCGUUGUUUUAAAGCCCGAUGGCCGAGGCCCGGCGUGAAGAUGGGGACGAGGGGGAGCGCGGAGAUCUGCAGGACAUGCGGAGCAGAAGCCAGGCAACAGAUCAUCUCGAAAGAACCAAGCCAGAGCAUUUACACGCCAGUCAAGGACCUCUGUCUUCUAUACGAGCCGCUAUCAAACGAAGUAAGUUUGGCAAAACAAGAACAAACUCUCAGUGUGAACAUGCCAGAGACAGAAGGCGACCAGAGAUCACCAUCGUCUCAGCAGAACCUCUAGCCAGUAACAACUGGUUCCAAGGAACCUCUGUGGUUUUCCCGCCUCUUCCUCAGUCAGGCUGGUCUCCAGGCAUCCAGGCUGUCCCCCAGCCCCCACCAUCCUAUGACCAGGUGAUUCAUGAGAAGACCCAGGAGGAGCACAUUGUCAAGCCCACUGCAGCCCCCCGCCGGACCACCUGCACUACCACAAGUGCCACACAGACUGACCCUGUGAGGGAACAUACCACCACCACUGUCCCACAGUGCAGUGCCACUCCACAGUCAGCUGGGCAAAGAUCUGCUGGUACAAAACCACAAAAACCACCAAGACCAUCACUGCCAAAACCAGUUGACAGAGAACCGGUCGCUGAAACUGUUACUCCUACUGACGGGACGGUGGGAACAAAUACUAUAGCAUCCACAAACACUAAGGACCAAAGCGGCUCUAAAUCUGAUGUAAAGCAACCCAACCAAGCAGAUCCCACUCACGUGUGCACCAGAUCUGUUACUGUACAUUGGGAUAUUCCUGAAAAUCAUCUCUCUGCCCCUGCUGAAACUCCUCCUUCUUCUUCAAGCUUAGAACCCAGUCAACGGCCCGUUCCACUUCCUCGUACAAAAUCCCGGAAGCAGGCAAUUGCAGAGGAGGUCGAAGUUCAAUCUUUGGUCAAGCUCAGUGAAAAUUGUGACACUGUUCACUCGGAUCCAGAGGAGGUAUCCCCAAAUAAGUAUUUAAAGGAAUUAUUAGAGGUCUUUAGUGCAGGAGACCAGUGCCAGGAGAACGGUGACAUCGUUAACCAAUCAGACGAGGCCACUCAAGGUGAAGAUGCUGUUGGCGAGAUGAGCACCAACCACAGUCAACGUAAUAUUCGGGCCAGGAUCCAGGCCUUCGAGAGCCAGGCAAGUGCCGAGGAGGGAAAUGUGGUUGACCCAGCUAAACCAGAACCUCGACCAAGGAAGGCCGCCAAACCUCCAGUUGCUGCUAAACCUUCUGUAGCUCUUAAACCUCAGUUUAACCACAGUACAGAUGAUGACAAUCAAAAUUUCUCCUCCACAAAUGUGCCCCAAGACCAUACGGCAGACCCCAGACCUCAGCCCGCUAAAAAACCUGUGGGACUGUCUAUAAAAGAGGAGCUAGAGACUUUACACAACAAGGGGGCCAUCCCAAACAGAUCACAUCAUGUAUUGACCAGAGCCAACAACAUCUAUGAAGAGGAAACUUUUGUACCUCCAGUGAAGCCUUUUAAGGAGCCUCUUAAACCCAACCUAAACAUAAACAACCACAACUCAGCCUCCAUGAUCAGUGAGAACGAGUAUGUGAACAGUCCAUCAAAUCACAUCCCAGUCAAGCCCCAGCGUAAUGUGGACAGCAAUGGAGGCUCUUUCACCAGGCAAAUUGUAACAAGGAGACCAACCACCAUCAAGGUCCCCAGCAAAACUGGUUCAUUCUCAGAUAAUUUUCAGGACAGUCCUCCACCCCUCCCUGUUCAGAAGCCUGUAGGCUCCCUAAACACCUCAGUCCACCACAAGCAAGGCCCGACACCCAUCCUCCCCCUUCAGGAGUCCCUCCAAUUUGGGCCAGAGCCAUCGCUACCACCUCGGAGGCCCAGUACAACCAAAACCCUCCCACAUCGCCCACCUCCAGCCAAAACAGGACCGGGAAGACCUCCCCCACCCAGCCUUCAGGCCACAGGUCGAUCCCUUUCAGCAUCACGGGAGACUUCACCCAAACCCCAGGCACAGAAGCCCCACAGGAAAGGACCUGUCUUACCUCCAAGGCCCAACCCAGGCCACCGUCUCUACAACAAAUACACUCUCGAACUUCCCCAUGGAAUUGCAGCCUUUGACUACAAUGGGAACAAUAUAGGAGAGCUGUCAUUUCAGAAAAAUGAAGUGCUUCUGCUGCUAGAGGAGAUUGACCAUAAUACAUUUGAGUGCCAGGUUGGAGACACCAGAGGCAGAGUCCACAAGUCUCGCAUGAAGGUCAUAACUCCUCUUGCCUCAAACUUGUCCCCACCACAGGGUGCCAGACCAAGUCCCUCAGGUGGAGACGGUUAUGGGCAAAAGGUGCAGGCCAUACAUGACUUCAUCCCAGAGGGUCCAGGAGAGCUUGGUCUGAGAGCAGGAGACGUUGUGACCAUGGUGGAGCAGGUGGACAGUGACUGGUACAGAGGCACUUGUAGGGGAUCUUCUGGUUUCUUUCCCAUCAAUCAUGUCAAAGUCCUGUCAGAUUCACCAAAAACCCUCCCUGAAAGGAAACCGAAGCCACCAUCUGCAAAAAUCAGUGGUCCACGAUGCGUGGCGAGGUUUGACUUCGAGGGCGAGCACAGUGAUGAACUGUCGUUCUCCGAGGGGGAUGUGAUCCAGCUGAAGGAGUACAUUGGACAGGACUGGGCUCGGGGACAGCACGGCGUCUUAAUUGGAAUUUUCCCUCUAAACUUUGUGGAGGUGAUUGAAGAUCUGCCUCCACCUCCAAGUCAGCAGCAGACGCAUGCACAGCGCAGCGGCAUAGCACUGCCUGGCAUGGUAGCUUCUCCAAGCGCAAAACCUGAAGUUGCCAAACCUGCUCAGGCGUCUCAGCCCAAUAAUGUGGACUGGGUGGUGGCUCUGUACGACUAUGCCGGGAAGUCAGAAGACGACCUGUCCUUUCAGCAGGGCGACUGUAUCCUGAUCACCCAGCAUUUGAACACUGAGUGGAGCUGCGGCAGGCUCAACGGGAGGGAAGGCAUGUUCCCCAGGGCUUUUGUUGAGAGCACCGCAGCAGGACGGCAGUCAUCUGGUAGCCAGCAGAACAAAGCUGCCGGUGGUGGGAGAGCCAGGGCUCUGUAUAACUUCACAUCGGACUGCGACGAGGAGCUCUCUCUGCAGAUUGGGGAUAUUAUAACCAACCUGGAGUCCGUGGAUGAAGAAUGGUUCCUGGGUGAAUUAAGGGGGAAACGGGCCCUGGUCCCUAAAAACUAUGUUCAAGUAAUGGGACAAUGACACGUGGCAUUCAGUCCCAAAAAAAACACGACAAAAGGGACACUGGUGGAUGACCAGAACUGGAAUUAGAUCUGAGGACGGAUGCUUUCAGCAGUGGACGUCUGAAGUGAACAACCUUUUAACUAAAAUACAGUAUUUCAUUUCCAAGUAACAUUACUGAAUAAUUUAUCAUGGUUAUAAAUACAUAUUCGAGAAAAGAUGGCUGGCAAUGUAAAUACCCUAGAUUUUGAUUUACAAUCUGACCGCAUUUGUUCUCUUCACCACUUGCGCCAUCUAGUGGCUUGUGUAAUUUUCCUACCCUUAAAAUUUGUUCACUUUACAGUAUCUCCAUUGCAUAUUGUACAAAAUGUGGUUAAUACCUGAAGAUGUGCCCUACUUUUUCCUUCAUAACCUGGUCUAUUGAUUACAUGGAAAUAUUCCAAAAAGUUCAAACUACUUCAGUGAAAUAAAAAUACCAGAUUAUCAUUGCAAACUCAGA